GACCCCACAACUCACGUCCUAAAUAAGAAUCCCUCCCCCCGGCGUCUCUUUCCUGUAUUCUUGACCCUUUGCCCCUUCUUCUCAUAUUAUUCGCAAUUGCACUAGUAUUCAACGCGGCGGCGGUCUUGUACUCUCUAUCUCGAGACCCCAUCCGCAAUGGCAGAUCAACAAUCGCGGUUGAAGACCAUUAAUGACAACCCCAUCGGGAAAGGUCUCGAUGCCUUCCGUACUUCGUUCACUUCGAUUUGCGAAGGAGCCGCUAUCUCCUACACCCUAGAUGCGUUGGAGCAGCUUGGCCAGGAAGACCUCCGGAAUUUCGCUAUUGACCUUAUUUCGGUAUUGCAAGGCCUCAAGGCCUCUCGUCUACUCCCCUCCAAUAGCAGUAGUAAACCCCUCUUAGACAAUAUGUUGAGACUUAAUCUCGCUAUUAGUUCUAACGACUUCGACCUUGACCCAUCUUCCCUCCAACAAACGCCCUCGCUACGCACUACGGGCAGGUUAGUGAACUCCUCCGAGUACCAUAAUAAUAUUGACCCGGUCCUGAAGUCGGAGCUUGGUCUUGUCUAUGUCGAUAUUCGCCAUCUCCGCGAAGCAUACUUUGGAGGCGUAACAAGUCUUGAAACAGCGUCCAAGACCGUUUUCAAGAAGUGCGUGGACGGUAGUAAUCCGCUCUUUGGUAGCGAAAGGUGGAGCGAAUGGCCGGUAGGUGCGAAAGAGGAGCACGUACUGGCCUGGUUUGGCGACCAAAUCCCAAAGCUAGAGGCAUUCACAGGAGACUACAAUUCCACCUCGACACCUCGACGAAAGUUGUUGGCGCAACCGAAUACGCCCCUCCUAAGCCCCAGAAGAAAGCGCAGUAUGCAUAUCAGAUUCGUGAAGGAUGACUUCACGUACGACCCACAGCAGGAAAAGAUUUCAGAUAUCACUAGUCGCAUGUCCUCGUACCAGGCUUCACCCUCUAUGGGGGGGAUUGCGUCUGAAAAAUUCGAUAUCAAUAAGGAAGGACAGCAGUUCGUCUCUACGAUACUCGGAUUCUUGUGGAUGAACGAAGAGGAGCUCGGCUUCGAUCUGAUAUUUAUAAUAGCUAACGGUCAACGGUUCAUUGUAAUCAAGCGGAACGGCUUAACGGAGCGCCUCGUUAUUGACGGGGCCCAUCGUAAAGAGGAUCCGCAAAACCCGUUAGUUAUUAAAGAUUCGUGGCAAUGGCCAAACCGAGACGAGGAAGGCGACUUGCUCCGGGAGGCGACAGGUAAAGGCGCGGUCAAGGUGGCCCGAUAUUAUCAUCAUGAGACGGUCCAGGUGAACGGUAUAGACGACGAAAUUCGAUGCAAUGUUCGAAAGGGGCUGGACAUCACGAGGACUCCUCCACAGAGAUAUCUCCAUUAA